AGUUCAAGCAUUCCCAUGCCAUUUCCACUUUUUCCUGCAUUUCUACUUCUCUCAAUCCCAAUUUUUCCCCUUUUCUUUCCUUUCUCAGCUCUACUUCUUCAAUUCUCCAGCAAUCAAGUUUGUUAGAUGUGAAUUGUGAUUGAGAAAAUGGGCCGCAGCAGUACUGCUGAGAGUGAAGAUGGCGUGGUCUCUGCUGAGUCGCCUCUGAGUAACGAUGGCGAUAAUUUUUGUGGAAGCUCUAGUGGGGGCACUGUUAUGAAGAAAGGUCCGUGGACAUCGGCUGAGGAUGCAAUUUUGGUUGAGUACGUGAAAAGACAUGGAGAAGGCAACUGGAAUGCAGUUCAGAAGCAUACAGGGUUUGCACGGUGUGGGAAAAGCUGCCGGUUGCGCUGGGCUAAUCACUUGAGGCCAAACCUGAAAAAAGGAGCAUUUACAUCAGAAGAAGAGCGUCUUAUAAUUGAGCUUCAUGCAAAGAUGGGGAACAAAUGGGCGCGGAUGGCAGCACACUUGCCGGGGAGGACAGACAAUGAGAUAAAGAACUAUUGGAAUACUCGAGUAAAAAGGCGUCAACGUGCCGGUUUGCCCCUUUAUCCCCCUGAUUUAUGCCAACACUCUCUUCCGGAGAGUCAACAGCAACUUAGUCCGCCCAGGAUAUAUAGUGGAGAUAAAGCAUGUGACAUCUUGCAAAGUAAUCGUUACCGGGCACCUGAUAUAGCGUUUGGUAAUUUUAAUAUUUUAACAUUCGCACCAGAA